GACUGCCUCCUUCCUCCGGUGUCUGAGCUGGCGGCUCUGGGCGCGGGCGGCUCGCUGUGUGAAGAUGGUCAGACUGAGCAAGGAGAGCAAACAGCGGCUGCAACAAGUCUUUCGCUGCACUCAGUUCGCCAUUCGCUGGGGCUUCAUCCCGACUGUGCUUUACCUGGGUUUUAGAAGAGGUGGAGAUCCAGGCAUGCCAGAACCCAAUCUUCUCAGUUUGCUGUGGGGAUGAAAACAGAACAGAAGACCUUCUAUUUCAACUGGAAGUGCCAUUUGAGGGGAAAUUUGGAAAGGAUAGAUCACUGCUAUUGACGGAUUAAUUGCGUAACAGAUCUACAACAAAGGAAUUUCCAGGGGAAACUUGCACACUAUAUAGUAAUCCUGUAAAAAUAAAACUGUGUUUGUGGCUCUAUGUACAAUUAAAACUUAAUAGAAGAGAAAGAAAACAAAAAAAAUCUAAAAAUGGCAGAAUGAAUUGUGCUGUGUGAAUCUGUCAGGUGCCUUAGUUUAAAAACUAAGCACUCCUUUAAAAUGAGAAGCCUCUGCAAAAUGUACUUGGAUACAUCAAAUGUUAUCUAACUGAGCUUUUAAGGUAACAGUUGUAAUUAUUAAGGUGUUAAAUGUUUUAGGUAAGCUUUAUUUGAAACUCUUAUUUUCAUCGGGUAAGAUGCAUCGGGUAAAUUUUGCUUUGGAUUUGACAGUUGUAAUGAAGAUAUGGAUUAGAAAUCCAUCAAUUAAAAUAGAAUUUCCCAGCAGUAAAUUAAUUGCUUAUAUGCAGCUGAUUAAACAAAAGACAUUUGUACUCUGAAUAAAAUGUGCUCUUUGCCAUUCUUAAUAUUA